AUGGCAGAAGAUCCAAACAAAAAGAGGCUGACAUUCCAAGGAGAGAGGACUAGAUGGAUCACCCCUGUGACCCUGAAUGAUCUUCUGGAGCUGAGAACCAAUUUCCCGAAAGCCCCACUCAUCAUGGGAAACACUACAGUGGGACCCAGCAUUAAAUUUAAAGAUGAAUUCCAUCCAGUUUUUAUAUCUCCACUUGGACUUCCAGAACUAUAUUUUGUGAACACCACAGAUGAUGGGGUGACAAUAGGGGCAGGAUACAGCCUGGCCCAGUUGAAUGAUGCUCUACGUUUUAUUGUUUCGGAGCAACCAAAAGAGAAGACCAAGACAUAUCAUGCUCUCCUAAAGCAUCUGAGGACACUUGCGGGAGCCCAGAUUAGGAACAUGGCCACUUUAGGAGGACACGUGGUGAGUCGGCCUAAUUUUUCUGACCUAAAUCCCAUUUUAGCAGCAGGAAAUGCUACUAUCAAUCUGAUAUCUAAAGAAGGAAAACGGCAGAUUCCUUUAAAUGGCCCUUUCCUUGAGGGAUCACCUGAGGCCAGCCUGCGAUCAGAAGAGGUGGUUUUGUCCAUUUAUAUUCCAUACUCUACUCAGUGGCACUUUGUAUCGGGGCUCCGACUGGCUCAGCGUCAGGAAAAUGCCUUUGCCAUUGUCAAUGCUGGCAUGAGUGUGAAGUUUGCAGAUGGCACAAACACAAUCAAGGACAUCCAAAUGUUCUACGGAAGCGUUGGCCUCACCGUUGUCUCUGCAAGCCAAACCUGCAGACAGCUCACUGGGAGGCAAUGGGAUGACCACAUGCUGAGUGAUGCAUGCCGGUGGGUCCUGGAUGAAAUCCUCAUCCAGCCGGACGCCAAGGGCGGAAUGGUGGAGUACCGGCGGGCGCUCCUCGUCAGCCUGCUCUUCAAAUUCUACCUCAAAGUGCGGCGAGGACUGAAUAAAAUGGACCCCCACAAGUUUCCUGAUAUCCCAGAAACAUUCAUGAGUGCUCUAGAAGACUUCCCCAUAGAAACACCCCAAGGAAUUCAAAUGUUCCAGUGUGUGGAUCCCUACCAACCUCCACAAGACCCAGUUGGACACCCAGUUAUGCACCAGUCAGCCAUUAAACACACCACAGGGGAAGCUAUAUUUGCUGAUGACAUCCCUCCCAUUGACCAAGAGCUCUUCCUUGCUGUGGUCACCAGCACCAGAGCUCAUGCAAAGAUCAUAUCAAUUGAUACUUCAGAAGCUCUGGAAAUUCCAGGUGUGGUUGAUGUGAUCACAGCAGAGGAUGUUCCGGGAGAUAAUAACCAUAAUGGAGAGAUUUUAUAUGCACGGCAUGAGGUAAUUUGCGUGGGUCAGAUCAUCUGCACCGUGGCUGCUGAUACCUAUGCACACGCGAAAGAGGCAGCUAAAAAAGUGAAGAUUGCUUAUGAAGACAUAGAGCCAAGGAUCAUCACAAUAGAGCAAGCCCUGGAGCACAAUUCUUUUCUUGCUGUUGAGAGAAAAAUUGAGCAAGGAAAUGUGGAAUACGCUUUUAAACAUGUGGAUCAGAUCAUCCAAGGUGAGGUCCAUGUGGAAGGGCAGGAACAUUUUUACAUGGAAACGCAGACCAUCCUAGCUAUCCCCAAAACAGAAGAUAAAGAAAUGGUGUUACACCUUGGAACACAGUUUCCAACCCAUGUGCAGGAAUUUGUGGCUGCAGCACUUAAUGUCCCAAGAAGUAGAAUCGCCUGCCACAUGAAAAGGGCUGGAGGAGCAUUUGGGGGGAAAGUGACCAAACCCUCUCUGCUGGGAGCUGUCAGUGCUGUGGCUGCCAACAAGACUGGCCAUCCAAUCCGGUUUAUCCUAGAGCGAGGUGAUGACAUGCUGAUAACUGCUGGCCGCCACCCACUCCUGGGAAAAUACAAAGUCGGGUUCAUGAACAAUGGUGAGAUCAAAGCUGUCGAUGUUGAAUAUUACAUCAAUGGAGGAUGCACUCCUGAUGAGUCGGAUUUGGUGAUGCAGUUCAUUGUGCUGAAAUCUGAAAACGCAUAUUCUAUUCCUAAUUUCCGGUGCCGGGGUAGGCCUUGCAAAACAAAUUUGCCAUCCAACACAGCCUUUCGAGGAUUUGGCUUCCCUCAGGGAACAGUGGUGGUUGAAGCUUACAUAGCUGCUGUCGCGUCUCGAUGUGACCUACUCCCUGAAGAGGUUAAAGAAAUAAACAUGUAUAAGAGAACUAGCAAAACAGCCUAUAAACAGACAUUUAAUCCAGAGCCCUUGAGAAGAUGCUGGAAAGAAUGUCUGGAGAAAUCUUCGUUUUAUGCUAGGAAGCAUGCCGCAGCAGAAUUUAACAAAAAGAAUUACUGGAAGAAGAGGGGGCUUGCUGUGGUCCCCAUGAAGUUUACCAUUGGGAUCCCUGUGGCCUUCUAUAAUCAGGCAGCAGCUCUAGUCCACAUCUAUCUGGACGGUUCUGUCUUGCUGGCUCACGGUGGCUGUGAAAUGGGACAAGGCCUGCACACCAAAAUGAUUCAGGUGGCUAGUCGAGAGCUGAACAUUCCCCAGUCAUACAUCCACCUAUCCGAAACCAGCACCAUUACUGUGCCCAAUGCCAUCUUCACAGCGGGGUCCAUGGGGACAGACAUCAAUGGAAAGGCCGUGCAGAAUGCCUGCCAAAUUCUUAUGGACCGCCUUAAACCCAUCAAGAAAAACCCUAAAGGAAAAUGGGAGGAAUGGUGAAUUGAAAAGGCCUUUAAAGAAUCCAUCAGUCUCUCAGCCACUGGAUAUUUCAACGGUUACCAGACACACAUGGACUGGGAGAAGGAGGAAGGAGACCCUUACCCCUAUUUUGUUUAUGGAGCAUCCUGUUCUGAGGUUGAAGUUGACUGUCUGACUGGGGCUCAUAAGCUUCUUAGGACUGAUAUUUUCAUGGAUGCUGCUUUCAGUAUAAACCCAGCCCUUGAUAUUGGACAGAUUGAGGGAGCCUUUAUUCAAGGCAUGGGGUUAUAUACCACAGAAGAACUGAAAUACUCCCUGGAAGGGGUGCUUUAUUCUCGGAGCCCAGAUAACUACAAAAUCCCUACUGUCACUGAGAUACCAGAAGAGUUCUAUGUCACGUUGGUACGCUCACGAAAUCCCAUAGCCAUCUACUCAUCCAAGGGAUUGGGCGAGGCUGGAAUGUUCCUAGGGUCCUCUGUGCUGCUCGCCAUAUAUGACGCAGUGACGGCUGCCCGCAGAGACAGGGGGCUGAGCAAGACUUUCCCCAUGAGUAGCCCAGCAACGCCUGAGCUGAUUCGGAUGGCCUGUGUGGAUCAGUUUACUGACAUGAUUCCCAGAGAUGACCCUUCAACAUUUUCACCUUGGUCCAUCCGUGUGUCCUAA